AUGGAAUUAAAUUCAUCAGACUCUCUCUGCAAUGACACAAUUGCCUGGGAAUGGCUGUCUUCUCUCCAGCCACCAUUUCUGGCUCUUGUCAUUAUCCUGGGAGUAGUGGGCAACACUCUGGUCCUCUGUGUGUUCUGCAUCCAGCGGAAGCCUUGCAGUGUAGCUGAUGUGUAUCUGGGUAACCUGGCUGCUGCAGACCUCAUCAUGGUACUUUGUUUGCCCUUCUGGACAGUCACUAUCGCCCAAGGCUAUCAGUGGAACUUUGGUCAACUCAUCUGCAAGGUGGUGAACACCACAAUCUCUAUGAACUACUACUGCAGCAUUCUCUUCUUGGUGCUGGUCAGCGUGGACCGCUACCUUGCUCUUGCCAAACCCAUGAAGCCCUGGAAACUUAGACGCCCUGAAUGGGCCAAGCGUGUCUGCUUGGUGAUUUGGGCAGUGGGCUUCCUGCUUAGUCUCCCAGCCCUGCUCUUCCGAAAAGUAAAAUUUUUUCCAAACGUCGAGGUGGAUGCCUGCUACCUAGUUUAUCCUCAUCCAGCCUGGGUGCUUCAAUGGAAUCUUACAAUAAACGUGAUUGGCUUCCUGGUUCCUCUGCCGAUCAUUUCAUUUUGCACCUAUCACAUGGUCAGGGCACUUAAAAAUGGUGGUGUGGGGAUCCAACCAAACAGAGUGCAAACAGAGAGGAAAGCCACCCAGCUGAUUCUGACAGUUCUUGUUGUGUUUCUCUUCUGUUGGAUGCCCUUUCAUCUGGUGCGUUUCCUAGACACUCUAGACUACUUUCAGCUCUUACCUGGGUGCCUAUGGGAACACAUCUUGGAGAUCAGUGUCCAGCUUGCUUCUUACUUGGGGUACAGCAAUAGCUCAAUAAACCCUUUCUUGUACGUCAUAGUAGGGAGUCACUUCAGGAAGAGAGCUAAAGGGGUUUUUAGAAAUCUUCUGUGUGCUAGAUGGAAGGACAAGGCAUCUGUGCUCACAAAUGUUACUGGUAUUAGUAAGUGCAAUGACAGUCUCAGAGGAUCACAAGACAAAAUAACAUCACUGGACCCGAGACCUGUACGGGCGAACAUUUCACAUGUUUCAUCUGGUGUGUCAUUAGGCAACCUAAGUUUUAGCUCUACUGGUAAAGUAUUGCACUAACAACAUGAAGGUCAUGGGUUCAAUUCCAGGCAACGCACAUACUGAAAAUAAAUGUAUAUCAUGAA